AGAAAAUAGCGAUUCUUAUACAUCUAACUCGUAAUGGUGUAAUUUCAACGACCCCCAAAGCUCCCAAAAUUACUAGAUCUACUUUUGAAUCCCUAGAAUAGCCUUUUUUCAUUUUCUCAAAACAAGUGCAUAGGGAAGAUCAGGGCUGAAAUCUGUGUGGACGCAUCUACUAACUAUUUCCCCACAUCAAAAGAAUCUUCUAUACAACCAUUAAUGUGUUUUAAAACUAAUCUGCCCGGCUGCCCGGCUCGGUGUCAAUAAUCUUGGGCACGUUGGCUCUGUGAUCUAAGAUUUGACCUUAGAUUGUUCCAUGCGUGCCAGCAAGAAAAUGGGCCGCAUUUAGCCCUGGGGGAGGUAGAUUUCUCUUGAAGCACUACUGUAAUGAAGGUUGUUCCCAACGGCCCAAUGAAUUAAAUUAGCAUUGGCAGAUUAAGGGCUUGAAAACCAGUCUCAUGGAUCCACGAGUGAAACCAUCGUUAAUCCGGUUAUCGGAAGAUGCGCGAGAUUAUCACCUAACACCACGGGUGCCGGAAAUUGACCAUAUCACAUGCACGGAAUUCCUUCGUCAAUAUGUUGGACCGAAUCAGCCCGUACUCAUUAAGCAUGCCAUAGACCAUUGGCCCGCACGGAAUCGCUGGACAUCGGAUUACCUUAAGUCUCAGAUGCAAGAUCGUGCGAUUGGUGUGGCACUCACGCCCGAUGGAUAUGCGGAUGCGCCCAAGGACGGGCUAUUUGUCAUGCCGCACGAGCAAGAUAUGAUCAUGGCGGAUUUCUUGGACGCUCUCGAUCAUCCUCAGGAUGGGAUCAUCCAUUACAUCCAACGCCAAAACUCGAAUCUAACCCGCGAGUUUGAGCCUUUGAGACAGGACGUGUUGGAACUCGAUUGGGCCUCGGCUGCCUUUGAGUCCGAUCCUGAUGCCAUUAACUUCUGGAUGGGUGACGAACGGGCGGUCACAUCAACGCAUAAAGAUCCGUACGACAAUAUCUAUUGUGUGGUCCAGGGCCACAAGGAUAUUAUUCUUCACCCGCCGUGUGAUUUGCCCUGGAUGGAUUACCGACUCUACCAGCCCGCUAUCCAUGUCAAGACCCGUUCAGGUUUCACGGUCCAAUCGUUGACUCAUACUCCACCCAUCCCGUGGAUUGCCGUGGACCCGCUCGACCUACGAACUCAAUCCGAAGAUUACCGCCAGUUGGCCCACCCCAUGCACGUCCGCGUGGAAGCCGGAGAUGCCUUGUACCUACCCAGUUUAUGGUUUCAUCACUUACGACAAAGUCAUGGGUGCAUGGCCGUGAAUUUCUGGUACGAUAUGAAGUUCGAUGCCAAAUUCACCUAUUUCAAUCUGCUUCAAAAUCUCUGCUUUCCGGAUGUCUUCCAAUUGGAAUCGGACACCUCAACUUGACUCACCAGAUGUGAUUCAAUUCAUCAAUAUAUUUGAAUAUCAGA